UUAAAUGAUCUACCAAUUAACAUCAUGUAUUGUGUAAACCGUGUGCAAUUGCUAGAUUUUAUUUUUACAUAGAAACACGAAUACAAUAAAUCCAAAACAAAUGGAAAUAGUGCAGGGCAUGCAAUUUUCACUGUAACGGGGAGCAGAAAUGGUGAAUUGAAGAGCUGUGCGGGCAUGGCAGAAGAGAUGUGUUGCAUAUCUCAUGCAUUCUGGAGAGCAGCAUCCACUAAGCCUAACAAAUUGGCAAUUAUCGAAUCAAAUUUCACGAAAGAAUGUGCGGUAGACGUCGUGUACACAUACGCGGAACUUAAAUCCGCUGUAAUCGCUUUGGCUGCUCGCAUCACCAACAUUUUCCGUGGCGCCCAUGAUCCCCAUGUAAUCACUCCUCCAGUAGAAAUGGAUAAAGGUAUCCAUUUUGAUCAAAGUUCUAGCAUUGAGCACAUGGAAGAUGAAAGGACUUGUGAUCCCAAUGAUGCAGAUUAUGAUCAUAUCCGAAAUUCAUUUGAUCUCUCUGAACACAAUAUUUAUGAGAUGGAUGUAAAGCAUAUUGGUUCCUCCAGCUGUCCAAACAUAGUUGGAAUAUACAUUGGUCCUUCUGCAGAAUAUGUUAUAGCUGUUCUUGCAGUUCUACAAAGUGGGGGAGCUUUCCUUCCUCUAGAUCCUUCAUGGCCUAAGGAGAGAGUGUUGGCUAUGAUUUCUGCUUCAGAGGUUGAUCUUGUAAUCAGUUGUAGCCAUGUAUCAAGCUUAAAUGCCCACAAAAACCAUGAAAUGGAAUGGUUGUUAGAAGGUUGCAAAUGUUCAAUUUUGUGCUUAUCAUAUGGAUAUUUUAAGGGUUCUGCAGGGAAGUUUAAUUCUAAGUUUCACAUAACUUGGCCUUGCCAAAAUCAAGACAAGAGAUUAUAUUGUUAUUUGAUGUACACUUCUGGGUCAACUGGCAAGCCUAAGGGUGUAUGUGGUACAGAGAAAGGUCUUCUUAACCGUUUUUUGUGGAUGGAGACACUGUAUCCAUUUAUUGAUGAUGACAUUUCAUGCUUCAAGACUGCAAUAUGCUUUAUUGAUCACUUGUUCGAGAUAAUUGGACCACUUCUUGCUUCAACAACUUUGGUUAUACCUUCUUUUGAUAAGUUGAGAGAAAAGCCUCUAUCAAUUUUCAAUAUUUUGAAGGCAUACAGCGUAACAAGGCUAACAAUUGUUCCAUCUCUUAUGCGGGCACUUAUUCCUAGUUUACAAUCUUCUGAUGGACAAUCAAUUCGUAAACUCCUACGUAUUUUAGUGCUUAGUGGAGAGGUUUUUCCUAUUUGGAUGUGGGAAGUAUUGCACGAGACACUUGGAGAAACAACAAUCUUAAAUUUAUAUGGAUCAACAGAGGUAUCAGGAGACUGUGCAUAUUUUGAUUGCAAAGCAUUGCCAAAAAUUUUAGAAGAGGUGCCACUAAUCACUGUUCCUAUUGGGAAGCCGAUUUUGGGUUGUGAGCUUUUGUUGGCUGAAGAAACAGACUCUUCAGCACUGUCCAAUAGGGAAGGAGAAAUUCUGGUUGGAGGUAAAUGUCUCGCAAUGAAAUAUUUGAAUGAUGCUUCAGCCAAUGCUUCAAAAUUUAUUAAGUUGAAUGUCACUCGUGGAAUCUGUGACAUUGUUUCAAAUGAUGAAGUUAACAGUGGUACGUACUUCAGAACUGGUGACUUUGCAAGAAAGCUUAAUGAUGGCAAUUAUGUUUUUAUUGGAAGAAAAGAUCGCAUGGUCAAAGUCAAUGGGCAGAGGGUUGCUUUGGAAGAAAUAGAAUACAAUAUGAGAAAACAUCCUCAUGUAGCAGAUGCUGCUGUUUCUUUUCAUCACUGUAAACAUAAUAAUAAUUAUAUAGCAGCAUACGUCAUCUUGAAAGAAGUUGAUCAAUCAUAUCUCUAUAGUGGUAGCCAAAAUCAGAAUACACAUGAUCCUUGGAAUAUGGAUGCUAGAAAAUAUAUGUCUGUGUCAUUGAGAACCUGGUUGGAGCAGAGGCUACCAGCUGCAAUGAUCCCUUGUAGAUUUCACUUUAUUGGAGCAUUACCACUGUUGCCUUCUGGAAAAAUAAAUUAUGAAGCAUUGCCUCAAACUGAAUCCAUCUUUCAGGAAACAGGAAAAGAGUAUUCUGGAAAAUAUUUGGAUGAUAAAUAUAUCCAAAUUAUAAAACAGGUUUUUAGAAGAGUUCUUAUGGUUGAGGAAAUUUCUGAUUCUGAUGAUUUGUUUUUACUUGGUGGGACUUCAAUAUCUGCAGCACAUGUUGCUCAUACAUUGGGAGUUGAUAUGCCCUUUAUUUACAAGCAUCCAAGUCCUAUAAAGAUUCAUAAGGCCAUCCUGCAAGUUCCAGAAUUGCUGGAAAGUAUUAGAAGCCUUGAUUCCAUUUCAAAACUUUCACUAGAAAAGAGUAAGUAUGGAAAAGAAAAAGAUACCGAGGGCAGAUCAAAUCAACAUUUUUACAAUCUGAUUGUUCCUGAAACUUCAAGCUCUAUUGACAUGAGAUACGAAAAAGUUGAUUCCUUUGGUUCCCUUAUGCAUGUAGCUGAAAGAGUUUCCUUUGAGGGGAUUGCGGACAACCCUAUGAAAAGUAAAUUACCAGGAGAUGAUCUAAGUUUUAAUGGUGUUGUUUGCAAACCUCAAAAAGAGCAAUGUUCCAUACAAUAUCAAUUGCAAAACAAUAUUGAAACUGGUUUGGAAAAUUGGGUUUCUGGUCUUAAUUUACCACAAGGAGUGGCAUUCAGUAGAUGUAACAGAAUUAUAUCUCAAGGAGGAUUUGACAAUACUUUAAUCCUUCAGAAUUCAAAAGUAGUUUUCAGAAAUCAAGUUUCGGCUAAUAUAUGCCCACUUUGGAAAGUUUUGCUGCACUCCUGUGUUGAUGCAUCACCUUUGGUUGUGAUAUGGACUGGAAAUUGCUAUGUAUUUAUUGGCUCUCAUGCAAGCAAAUUUUACUGCAUUGAUGCAUCGAGUGGCGAAGUGCAAUGGGAAGCUGAGUUAGGAGGCCGAGUUGAAUGUACUGCUGCUGUAACAGAUGAUUUUUCUCAGGUGGUGGUUGGGUGUUACAAUGGUGCAAUAUAUUUUCUAGCAUUUCUUACUGGAAAAAUCAUUUGGAGCUUUCAGACAGAUGGCGAGGUAAAAUCACAGCCAAUUAUCGAUAAGUCAAGAGGUUUGAUCUGGUGUGGUUCACAUGAUCAUAAUGUAUAUGCACUAGAUCCACAAAGUCAAAGCUGUGUCUUUAAAUUGGCUUGUGGAGGUAGCAUCUUUGGAGCACCAGUUUAUGAUAUGAUUCGGAGCAAGGUUUAUGUUGCAACUACAAGCGGAAGAGUGACAGCAGUAAAUUUAGAGGGAUUUUCAAUCAGUAUUUCUUGGUUGUAUGAAUCUCAUGCUCCAAUUUUUGGAUCACUUGCUGUGGAUUCUUGCACCGGUUAUGUGAUUUGUAGCAUGGUGAAUGGAAAUAUAAUUGCCUUGUCCACCUUUGGCAAAUGUGUUUGGCAGGCCAGCACUGGGGGUCCUAUAUUUUCUGGACCAUGCAUCUCUCCGGCUCUUUCCUCACAAGUACUAGUGUGUUCCAGAGAUGGUUUCGUGUAUGCUUUUCAUCUGAAGCAAGGAAACUGUUUAUGGAAGCAUUUUAUUGGGGAACCCAUUACUUCAUCUGCUUAUGUUGAUGAGACAGUUGGAUUGGUCUCACAUAAUGAAAACCAGCAGGAGACAGUAUAUAGGUUGGUAUGUGUUUGCAGUUCCUCAGGAACCAUUCAUGUCCUGAAGGUUGACUCACAUGCAGCCCAAAGGUAUAAUGUUGCAACUUCUGCUGAUUUCAACACUUUCCAAGGACACAAUGUGUCGUCGUACGAUAGUAAUCUUACACAGACUGAAGGCAAAACGCAGAAUGAUAGUCUUAACAAGUUUUGUACAGAUGUGGUUGACAAGUGUAAAGAUCAAAACCUGAAGGUGCAGCCCAUAUUUAGUCAUGAAUUAACAAAAUUGGAACUUAAAGGGGAAAUAUAUUCAUCACCUGUUAUGGUUGGUGGCCUCAUAUUUAUUGGUUGUCGCGAUGAUCAUGUUUAUGGCAUUAGCAUAGUAAUUUGAAAAGAAGAAUAUUUUAUAUUAAGGUUAGAUGGGGCAUCAGUUCAACUCCAAAGGGGUGAAUAUAGCUUUUGUGCAUGCAAGGAAGAUGAUGGUAUUGAGAGAUAUACACAUAUCCUUCAGAGUAAAGAUGGCGAAAACAUCUUAGUGGGAGGAUCCGUGGAAGAAUGUCACCAUUCCAAGUACAAUCAUCUGGCAUGGGGUCUUCAGGUUGAAAAGUUGACUCCACAUAGUUAACAAGAUUAUUAUUGCGGUCACUAAUUUUUUACAUGUAAUUUUUUUUAUGAGUAAUUUUUAAAUUCAUAAAAGGAAGAAAUAUUACAUCUGCCCUAACCUUGGGCGUGGAAGGACAUGAGAGUGCUGAGAUUUAAGAAAUUCCCUUUACAAAAUAAUGCCUCAAAGAUCCAAAGGUCAAAACAUAAAACUGGUAGACUAUACAAUGAUGAAGCAAAUAUUUUCUUAAUACUUGUGCAAGAAGUAAUGCGUAAUGAGAGGGAUUCUCUUUUGCUCUUUCUUGAGCCCUAUAUUUGAGUGGAAUUCCAUACAAAUUUACAA